GUAAAUCACACGAUUUGUACAUUUUUUGAAUUACCGGAAGGAUUUCGUCUUGGAAAUUUUGUUUGUAUUUUGGCUUGAAUCAGGAUGACAACAGCUGCCAGACCAACAUUUGAGCCCGCUAGGGGCGGGAAAGGUAAAGGGGAGGGUGGAGACCUGAGUGCCAUGUCAAAACAAUAUUCAAGCAGAGAUCUGCCAGGGCAUACUCGAUUAAAGUACAGACAGGACGGUCAGGGAACCUCAGACGACCUGAGAGGAAGAGAUUUUAGACGCGAUCUUGAAGAUAGGGAGAGGGCUGUCAGAGAAAAAAGGGACAGAAACAGGGAUUCUGGAAGCAGUAAGAGGCCAAGGUUGGAACAGAUUCCAGCAGCAAAUUUAGAUGCCGAUGAUCCUAUUGAUGAUGAUGAUGAGGAAGACAGUUCUGACGAUGAAGAUGAUACUGCUGAACUCUUAGCAGAGCUGCAGAAAAUCAAGAAAGAACGACUGAGAGAGAAGGCCAAAAUGGAAGCAGACAAGAAAGUUGAGGAAGAGAGGAUCAGGACAGAAAUUAUCUUGAAGGGUAAUCCUCUGCUGAACCAGGACAAACCAGUGGAAUUUAAAGUGAAACGAAGAUGGGAUGAUGAUGUGGUGUUCAAGAAUUGUGCAAAAGGAGAUGAGAAGAAAUCUCUGUUUAUAAAUGACACUUUGAGAUCAGAAUUUCACAGAAAAUUUAUGGAAAAAUAUGUCAAAUGAAUGAUUCUUGAAGAUAGUCUUUUGGUGUUGUGGUUUGAUACGGCAGCAUGAAGUAAAAGUUAAAACAUGUGACCUAGAUAUGACUUUGUGUGGGAGAUAUUUUAGAUGGUAUUUUGAUUCUAUUUGUAACAUUCUAAACUUGUGGGGAGAUAAAGGCAGAAAAAAAUAGUACAUCUGAUGUUUAAACUGUUAGUGUUUUGAAAGUUUAACAGAUUGUAUUUAUGUAACAGUUGGUUAAUGGAAGUUGAGUAUUCUGUGAUACCGUUUGAAAGGGAACCAAAAUGUUGACUGCCUCAGUGUUUACAGUGUGUAUUUUCAUAUGGGAGCUCUAGGGUAUUGUAGGCUGUCGUGUGAAUAUAAUUACUCCCAUAAAUUAAGUCAAUAAAAUAUCGGACUUGUCAGUAUUAACUCUAGUAAUAAGUAAAACUGCUUUUGCCAUGCUCAUUUGUCACAACAUUACAAGCUUGGAACUGGUCAACCUGCUUUGGAGCAAGGGAUAAUAGAGUGAAAAAUGAAAUAUUUUAUAUAAUAUCCUUCAGAGUGUAAGGUAGGACAGUAACAGUCUUCCCUUACCAAGAGCUCCCAUCAGAGAACACUUUUGUGUGCAUUUUGGACUGGGAGGUUUUUCAGUUUGUUUGCUCAUGAAACUUGUUAAUAAUGGUGAACCUAUAGUACAUAGAGACUCAAAGAACUCUGAACUGCAUGUACUUCUAAAUCAAAGCUUGAACAUGCAGAUACCUGUGAUGUCAUGUAAAAACUUUCAUGUAGCAGUACAGCACAUUGAAGAUUGUACAGAAUCUAUUCAUUGCUUGUAGGAAAAGUUUACCAUUGUCCUUUAACAACACUUUUCCAUUCACCAUAGUAACAGUAUAGGUACUUGUCAAGAGCAGAUUUUAAAUAUGUUUUAAACUUCUACUGUUGAAUUCAUAUUUGCUGAAAUGACUUUUUUUCCCUGAUAGGAAGUCAUAGUAACAAAUAACAGUCCUUUUCCCACUUGUACUCUAGGAAGUCAUAAAAACAGCCUGUGAAGUUGUGCACCUUUGGGUUUAAUUUGGCAUUCUCACCACUCUCAAUUAUAAAAAAAACUUGCUGUUUCAGUUUCUGUUAUUCUUUGUUUCUUCGGGAUGCUUUGUAGUAUCCAUAUGCCCUACCCAAGGUAAUAUGAAAGUUUAUUUUGUCUUGCAUUGUCAGCAAGGAACAUAUGAGCAAGUGUGAACACCAGUGGCCUGCGAACAUGCAUCUAGUUUUUGUUGUUUUGUAAAUUCUAAUACACAAUGAAUGUUACUAAGAAUAUUUCAACUUCAACAAGAAUAGCAAGUGUACAUCUAAUGUCCUUAACAUAUGCUAAUAUUGUCGUCACAAAUGAAAAAUGCAGAUUGUUGUAUAUAUGUUGCAAGAAACAUGAAAACUUGAGUGUCGGUUACACUUACUAGAAUAGUAAAAAUCUUGAUGUCUGACAAGUUUUAUUACAUGUUCUUUUAAAACAAUGUAUAUAUUAUGAUGUAUAUAAUAUCACAAACAGAAAUUAUUUCCUUUUUA